CCGGAGGGCUGGCAGGAGCUGGAGCGGCGGACCGCAGCCGCUCAGAGCCRCCAUUCACGGGUGAUUCAACAGAAUGUGUCACCAAAGAACAAGUCUCUCUUCCUCUGAAGACCCCUGAGAGUACAUCUGCAUCAACAAGUUCUGGAGUAUUCUCAGUUUAUAACCCUUUAGAGCUGGAGGUCUGGUCCAAGUCCUGCACAUUUCUCCUGUUACUGGAUUUAUUGUUCACCGCAUGGAUUCUCAAWUCCYGUCCCWCUUUUGGGUCUAGGUCUUGGACACRAUCAGCACAAAURUGAAUUUAAUGUGAGAGGAGAGUCCGACCAGGAGAGAAGUUUGACUUUGCUUUUCAAGUCGCUGUUUUCUCUCAUCCCCAAGUGUUUUUAAUGCAAGUUUACCUACAGCUGAAAUGGAUGGAAGGACUGAAAAGUGGCUGAAAUCUGCAGCUUGGAUUAAGUUCUGGACAUCGUUCCACCACCAGUUCAUUUUUGCACAUUAAGAGCURUAAUUAAAAGAAAACAUUAACUUUUCUCUGGAAUUAUGAAGAGACUCACAGCAAAAAUGACAAUUUGUUAAACCCAGUUUAAAUAUAUUCCCCUCUUCACUGGAUUUAGUGAGUUUUAUUGUGUUGUUCAGGCUGUGAUGUAGGCCUGUUUGGCCUGACAGAAGGCUGAACAGGCUUACAUGAAGUUUUGACCUCCGAAAAAGGAUUUAUUUCCCCCAGAGGCUGAGCGAAACAAACUGCAAUAAAAACAAUACUUCCAGCAAAGCAGCUCACAAUGGCAACGGAUCACGGCGAGCUGCUGGCYGAGAUGGCGACCGUGGGGCGUCUGAGCGCCACGGAGCGCCUAAAGCACGCCCAGAAGCGCCGGGCUCAGCAGCUGAAAGCUUGGGCUCAGAUGGAGAAGGACGCAACGCGUGGGUCCAGGGCCAAAGCGGACAAGAGGAAGACGCGCACGAACAGAGUGACUUUUCCCGACUCCGUCACCCUGCUGGACGCAGCUGCACGCAAUGAUGUGGAGGAGGUGAGAGAGCUGCUCAGCAGCGGUGUCAGCCCCGAUCUGGUCAACGAAGAUGGRUUGACGGCUCUGCAUCAGUGCUGCAUCGACGACUUUGAGGAAAUAGUCCAGUGUCUGCUGGACGCCGGCGCCUCUGUGAACGCGUGCGACAGCGAGCUGUGGACGCCGCUGCACGCUGCCGCCACCUGCGGGCACACCGGGCUGGUGCAGCUGCUCAUUCAAGCUGGCGCUGACAUGCUGGCCGUCAACACAGACGGCAACAUGCCCUAUGACCUCUGUGAGGACGAGGCCACCCUGGAGCUGAUGGAGAUGGUUAUGAGUGAGCAGGGGAUAACUCAAGACCGUAUAAAAGAAUGCAGAAAAGCUAAAGAGAAGAAAAUGCUGGCUGACGUUCAGGCUCUGGUCCAGAGUGAAGCCGAUUUAAACGCACAAGACAAUAAUGGAGCAACACUGCUCCACAUUGCAUCUGCCAACGGCUACAUGUCUGUAGCAGAGCAGCUGAUAGAGAACAGGGUCCAGCUGGAGCUGAAAGACUCYGACGGGUGGACACCGCUACACGCUGCCGCCUGCUGGGGACAGAUUGAAGUUGUGGAACUGCUAGUAGCCCACGGAGCCAAUCUAAAUGCUAAGUCUGUCCUAGACGAGACACCUCUAGAUGUGUGUAUGGACGAUGAGGUAAGAGCCAAACUGACGGACCUGAAGCACAAACACGAUGCCAUCAUGAAGAGUCAGGACAAGCAGAAAGGCACGCUGCAGAGAGGAGUAUCCAGCACUGGAAGCAGAGGUAAGGUGGUGCGUCGUGUCAGUGUUAAUGAGCGGUCCAGUCUGUACCGGAGGGAGCACCAGAAAGAGGCCAUGGUGUGGCAGGAGCGUGGCCGGCAGCCUGAACCGCAGGAUGAUGAUGAAGACAGACAAACUGAUAAUGAGCUGCACCAACACGCCGUUAUGGUUACCGGUGGUGCAGCAGCAACACGUCUAGAGGAACUAGAGGUUGCCGACAGGAAGUUUUCAUCCAGUUUAGAAAACGGGGAGACUUCAGUCUCUCUGGCUGCCUCUGUGCCUGGAGAGCUGUGGACUGGUGGGGGCUACAUGGACCGCAGCGCCUCCUACCAGCUCAGCCCUGCGUCUGGAGCCGGGUAUUCAGAGGGCGAGGCUGCAGACAGCAUGACUCUGGAGAAGUCGCACCACACCCUGGCUGACCUGAAACGCCAGCGGGCUGCUGCUAAACUCAACAAGUACCCAGCGCCUCCUCCUCCUCUUCCUUCUCCUAUAGAAGAGGAGGAACCUCCUGCCGCAGCAGCCCAAACAUCCUCAACCCCUCAGACUCAAUCAGACACUCAAACGACCCCUGCAGCAGAGCAGGAGGCCUCCCCCAGCCAGGUGUACUUCACCCCAGCCAGCGGAGAUCCUCCAUUACURAAACUUCGGGCCCCCGAAGAGGAACAGACCAACAAUAAAGAGCCUUGCUGUGGCCUCAUGUAGACCUCAGAGAACAGGAACUGAGCACACCAAGACAAACAUCUGAUAAAACCAAGAUGAUUAAAAAGAUUCAAGCUGAGCUCACAGUGCAGUCGUCUCACAGCAGAGCAUGUUUUAGGCUUCAGGUUAUUCAGUUUCACUACUUUAUAACGUGCCUUUCAGCAUCCAGUUUUCUGAAGGUGAUAGAGUUGACUCGGCCAAAACACCUUAGUCUGAAGACAAUCAUGAAAGUCUCUCUCACAACAGUUUCCACGACUUUUUACUKUUCCACAGCUCAAAACACCUGUCCUCUUCACUUCCACUAACAGGAAGAGAUGGAUUAAAAAUGUAAGGUUAGAAUUAAAUCACAUGCUUAGGUUAAAUGAAACCCAAAUGUGACGUAAAUGCUGUUCAAGACUUAAACACCACAGUACAACGGAGUAUUAGGACCACACAACGAUUUUUUAUUAUUAUUACGAGAUUAAAGUAAUAAAUUUAUGAG